AUGGCCACUCCUAAAGCAACGGAGGGCAGGGUGCCGUUUUCGCAUCCAAGCUUGCCAAAGCCCUGCGAGACGUGGUACAAGGUUUAUGGGGACCUCACGUCGUCUUCAACUGGGCGGCCUCUGGUCAUUCUUCAUGGAGGUCCUGGUAUGGGUCACAAUUAUUUAUUGAACCUCCACCGCCUUUCGGACCAAUAUGGCAUCCCCGUGGUGUUCUAUGACCAGCUGGGUUGUGGUCACUCAACACAUCUCCAGGAAAAGAGACUUGACACGGACUUCUGGGUCCCUGAGCUAUUCGUCGCGGAAUUGGACAACCUCCUGGAACAUCUCGGUAUUUCAGAGUUUGACUUGCUUGGCCAAAGCUGGACCAGAGGUUCUAUGUUCGCAAUCCGAGGAAGUCUAGGCCUCAAGAGGCUUAUUAUCUCCAACUCCCCUGCAUCCAUGAAGCUCUGGGGAGAAGCAUGUAACAAGUGGCGGAGCCAGCUUCCUAGAGAUGUUGACAGUGCCUUGACGAGACAUGAGGAGAAUCAAACUUAUGACGACCCAGAGUAUAAAUCGGCAGUGGAAGAAUUCUACAAGCGACACGUCUGCAGAGUCUACCCAUUCCCACAGGAUCUUCUGGAUACACUCGCAAACGUCGAGGUAGACGAUACUGUGUACUACACCAUGAACGGCCCAAGUGAAUGUGAGUCCCCUUCUAGCACUUGGACCUGGUCUGUGGUUGAGGAUGUUCAUAAGAUCACCGUCCCCACCCUCCUGCUCAAUGGAGAGUGGGAUGAGGCCCGAGACAGUUGUGUAUACCCCUUCUUCCAAAUCCCAAAAGUGAAAUGGUAUACCAUACCAGGUGCGAGCCAUUGUAGCAAUCUCGAGGUCCCCGAGAAAUACAUGGAAGUGGUGGUGGAGUUCUUGAAGAAUGCAGCGUAA